UAGACAAGAGUAGUAAAUAUAAGAAGGCUAUUGUCUUAUUGUCCCUUUACCACCGACCUCUUAAUCCCCCCAUAAUGUUUUCCAAAUCAUAACACAAAAUCUCACCUUCAUCAUCAUCAUUAUCACCUUCUCCUUCUUCAACCACAAACACUCACUCUUUCUCCCAAACACACCCUUUCAUCUUCAACCCACCCAAAUCAAAAUGGAUAAUAAUAAUGAUAUUAAUAAUAAUAAUAAUAAUAAUAAUAAUAAUGUCUCUGCAGAUUCCUCCACUUCUUCUUCAUCUACCACCAUUAAUCCCAACAACAAAGAUCAUUUCUUGAGACAUCUCAAUAAACUUUCUCACAAGAUCUCUAAACCCACUCCCUUAAACCUCCCACCUUCUAACGUCGCCGGUUCUUCCUCUUUUAUCCCCACUAGACCGCCUCUUGAACCGCCGGUUCACCCUCCACAACAACAACAACCCCCGGUUUAUAACAUCAACAAGAGUGAUUUCCGUGAUGUUGUCCAGAAACUCACCGGCUCACCUGCUCACGCCGCUCAGCCGCCGCCGAUUCAUGCUCCUAAGCCGGCUAGUUCUCGCCUUCAACGUAUACGCCCACCACCACUAGCGCAACUUAGUACUCGUCCACCUUCUUUGCUAAACUCCGCUGUUAAUGGCGUCAACCCUCUCUCUCCUCUCCCACCUUUCCCGACUUGUCACGCGGCUGCUGAGAGUCCCAUCUCUGCUUACAUGAGAUUUCUCCAUACCAGUGAGUCUUCUCUCAAUCGUACAGGUCAGAUUUUUCCUUCUACCUCUGCCAACUCUCCGGCGGAUUUAACGGCGAUGCUUCCUCCAUUUGGAUGUUUUCCGUCACCAAAAUCGCCGUGCCCUCUCCUUUCUCCGACGGGAAAUGGUACGUUAGGGUUUCCGAUUUCUCCUACUGUCCCUAGCCCUAAAUGGAGGGAUUUGUGACCCCUUUCAGGUAAAACAUUCAAAAUGGGAAGAACAUUAAAGAACGGAGGGAGUAAUACUUAUUAGAGGUGUUCAUUCGGGUGAUCAGGUAGGUUUUGGACGAGUGUCAUUCGGUUCAGUUAUAUUUCGGAUGCGUGUUACGGCGGGUCACACUCGGGUCAGGUCGGUUUGUCACGGUUCGAUUGAAGAUCAGUUAUUUGAGCUAUCGAGUUAGCAUCGGUUCGGUGUCGGUUGAAGUUCGUGUCGAGUAGUCAAUUGGUCUCAGACUGUCAUCGGUUAAUAAUCGGUUGGGUUUAUCGGGUACAGAUCGAGUUCAGGUAUUAUUUUCCAGUGGAAUUCGGCUAUGAAUUAUUAAUUACAAUAGAUCGAUUCAAUAUCAAAUUAACUUAGAAAUUUUUUAAUUGAUGAUAAGAUUCCCCUUAGUUAAGGCAAAAUAGUUAAAAUGCAAAUCAGUUAGUGAUUAUUACUUUGUUACUUUUACUUGUUUGACUGUAAAUUAAAAAUAAAGUUUUAUCAUUUUUUAUCUCAUUUGAUUGAAAAUAAUUAAAUAAACAUUGAACAUUAAUUAUUAACUCUAAAUAUAUGAAAUCAUGUAUUUAUAAACUUUAAUUUAUUAAAAUUUCUAUUACUUUAUUAGAUUAACUAAUAAGAUGAUUGAAUAUGAGUCGAUCAUAUCUUUAUGUUAAAAAUUGGUUCAGGUUUACAGCAUUUCGAUUAAAAAUUCGUUCGGGUUAAGUCGGUUUUAGCCUGAUCAAGUUCGGUUUUGAGCAUGAUUCAGUUCGGUCACUAUUAGGUUCGGGUAAUCUUGAUUAACGGUUAUAUGUCGGUUAUAAAAAUCGGUCGCAGUUGGGGUUCGAUUUUACGAUUUUCGGUCGUAAAUUGGUUCGGGUGGAACUUCUGUUCGGAUAAUGUCGGUUCGAUAAACCUAAAAAAGAAACAUAUUUUCAGGUCAGUUAACUUUCGGUUCGGGUUUUUAGGUCGUGAGUCGUGACACAUUUGAACAGCUCUAAUACUUAUGGUCCUUACAUAUCUUCUUCUAACUUUAUUUAAUAUUUUUAUAUUUCUUAUGCUUUUCAUAUAUUUUACACUAACUUUAUAAAAAUAAUUUUUUAUUAGUU